AUGAAUAUUGCUAGUGUGUUUGAGUUCACCAAAUAUUUUCAGAGAAAGCUUAGGAAUAUACAGUUUGAAAUCUGUGUCAAAAACGAAAUACAAUCCAAGCCAUCCAUUCCAGCUCCUAGGGGAAGACAGAAAAAAAGAAAAGAGUGUAAGAGAUGUCAGGAGCUUGCCAACCUCCAUCAUAUGGAAUCUGAUGAUGAAGAUGAUCUGUAUCUUACAGUGGAAUACCCUGUAGAGUCUAAGACAUCAUCUGAGGAGAUAGUAGGUUUAAACAUUGUAACUGGUGACGACCAGGUACAUGUAAGUACUGAAACUAUUGAUGAACCAAAGGAAUGGAGCAGACCAAGAAGUUCUAUGUUUUCCUUGAUAUUCAUUAUGAGGGGUUUUCUUUCGACUGUACUUUUCGUAGUGGGUUUACACGGUGUCAGUAGUGGUACCACGUGUCAGAAUGGCUGGACGGGAUACAACUCAAGGUGUUACCUGUUUGUCAUGCAUAUGUCUGUGGACUGGAACGAAGCAUCGCAAUUUUGUCAUACACAAAACUCUAGACUGGCGGAAAUCGACAACGCUAGAGAAGAUAACUUUCUGAUCCAGCAUCUCAGAGAUUAUGGACGGACAGCUGACUUCUGGGUGGGCGGAACUGACGUCAUAAUAGAAGGAGACUGGAUAUGGGCCUUAUCGCAGACUCCAAUACAUCAUUACACUCACUGGGGCCCCGGAGAGCCAAAUAAUCUUAAUUCUGAUGAAAACUGCAUGGAAAUGUCUGCAGGUCAUCAUUAUCUUUGGAACGAUGCGCCAUGUUCUCUAAGACAGUAUUUCAUUUGUGAGCAACCAAGUGCAUCUGGUCCAGUCGUUGGAUGAUUUACUGAUAUGGGGUU